UACUGGCGCCACCAUUGCCACAAUGGCACCAGAGUCAUCCAACUCAAUGACCGACGAUCUGCCUGUUGGUCGCUGCGAAGAAUGCGGCGACGACGCGAUGUAUCUGGACCGCAUGCUGUUGGACCACUUCUCGCUGCAGGUGUGCGUGACUUGCAAGCAGGAUCAAACGCUGCGCGACGGUGCGUUCGAGGUGCUGUCCAAGUCUCGCGCUCGAACCGAAUAUGCUCUGCCAGACUCUUCCUUCUGCGGUUUGCCACACUUGGACAAGCCUAAUCCACGACAUGAAGCUUUUGCGCCAUUGCAACUUUACUUGAGAAGAAUGUUAGUGAGAGAAGCUCAUCGCUUAUAUGGGGACGAAGAGGGACUUCAGCGCGAAAAGCAAAAGCGAAAGAAGCGAGCAUUUCGAUCUGCAGCGGGGAGGACGAAGCAUCUAUUGAAGAAACAACAUUUGAUCGGCUUGGAUAAAGAUGAAAAUGAAGAGGCACAACAGCAAAAGGAAAAGAAAGAGAAGCCCGAGUACGUGCCAGUGGCUGACAAAGAUCAUCGACAUGCAUUUGAUGCUGAAAAGUUCGACGAAGAAGCCAAAAGCUGGACCAAAAACUGUGCGUGUGGCAUGCGAGUGGAAUUUGAAAAAUGGUGACGAGAAGAAACUAGACGUGUAUGAUAAAGAUAUUUGGCUUUUACUAUUCGUACGUGGGUUUUGCUAAGAUAAAUGAUUACUUUUGCUUCCUUGGUCGGAUUUUUA